UGCGGUUUUCAGUAAUAAACAACCUGCUGUGGAUGUAAUGAUUGACAACAAUUUAAAGGCAAUUAUACAAAAUAAUAGAAAUAAGAUCAGACCAAUUAUUGAAACGAUCAUACUGUGUGGUCGCCAAGGAAUUGCUACCAGAGGCCACAGAGAUUCUGGAACAAUUGAUUUAACUGCUGAACCUACACAAAAUGAGGGAAACUUUCGUGCGAAAAAUGCAACAUAUCUCAGUAGUAAGACGCAAAAUGAAAUUAUUCAAAUAUGUGGUAAAAUAAUCCAAAGUAAAAUUGUGAACAACAAGAAUAAGUGCCAAUGUUUUUCAGUACUUGCUGAUGAGACAACGGAUGUUGCAGGCAUUGAGCAACUAUCUCUUUCUGUUAGAUAUUUUGUUACAGAAAAAAAACAAAUUAUGGAAGAAUUCUUAACAUUAACCCCUGUACAUGAUGCUGCUGGAAUAGGGUUAGCUGAUAAGAUAUUACAAACCCUUGAAAGUUUAUCAUUGAAUUUAAGUUAUUUAAAGGGACAAGGGUAUGAUGGUGCAGCUUCAAUGAGUGGGAAGUUUAAUGGGGCGCAAGCACACAUAUUUAAAAAGUUCCCACUUUCCCCUUAUAUACACUGCAGCUCUCAUAGUUUGAAUUUAACAAUAUCAUUUGCUUGUAAUGUUAAAGCAAUACGAAACACCAUGGGAACAAUUCAAGAAGUUUGCAAUUUUUUCCGAACACCUAAAAGACAACAUACUUUGACCGAAUCCAUGAAAUUAAAACUACCUGAAGAAAAAGCAACUCGACUGAAAACUCUUUGUUCGACUAGAUGGGUUGAAAGGCAUGAUUCAGUAAUACUUUUCAUUGAAUUGUUUUCUGCAGUUAUUGAUGCUCUUGAAAAAAUUAAUACAGAGAAUAUAGAUCUUGUUCAAGCUCUACAAUUCGCAAGUUGUGUUGAAAGUACAAUAAAUUCCUACAGAUAUAACGCAAUUGAAGAGUUUUCAAAAGAAUUUCUAAAAACAAAUAAUUGGUGUAAGGAAUUAAAAUUAAACAUCAGUUUUUGUAGAUUGACAGUUGUUAUACCUUUCUUAGAUAGUUUUUUAACACAACUUCAUGACAGAUUUUUAAAACAUAAAAAUUUACUAAAAAACUUUAGUUGUCUUCUACCAGAGAAACUAAGUUCAUCAAUUUUAAAUGAUGGAGAGGAUGAAAUAAUUAACUUAGUUAAGGCAUAUAUGGUCGAUAUUGAAACUACCGAACUUGGAGCUAUAGGAGAGUUGAAAUUAUGGAGAAAAUAUUGUACAAAUCUUAAAAGUAAAAAUGCAAUUGACACAUAUCUUCAGUGUGAUGAAAAUGUUUUCUCCACAGUUCAUAAACUAUUAAAAUACUUUAUCACCCUGCCUGUAACUACAGCAUCAGGAGAAAGAUCAUUUUCAUCUUUAAAGCGUUUAAAAACAUACCUUAGAAACACAACAUCAGAAAAUAGAUUGAAUGGUUUGGCGCUUCUAAAUAUACACCAAGUAAUUAAAGUUACACCUGAUAGUUAA